AUGACUACUAAUAAUUUACCUAUUAUACCAUCAAGAACUUUUGCUGAUUGGAAACAAAUGUUACAUGGUUUUUGGCCAAGUAAAGCUACUUUUACUGAAAAAGAUUAUCCAGAAUUUAAAGAUAAAGUUAUUAUAGUUACUGGUGGUAAUACUGGUGUUGGUUAUGAAACUGUUAAAUCAUUAGCAGGUUCAACAAAAGCAAAAAUAUAUAUAUUUUCAAGAAAUAAAGAAAAAACUUUAAAAGCAAUUGAACAAAUUGAAUUAGAAGUUGCAAAAGAAUAUAAAAUAAAACCAAUUCCAAUUGGAUUUAUUCAAACAGAUCUUGGAGAUUUAACAUCUAUUAAACCAGCAGUUAAUGAAUUUUUAUCAAAAGAAUCAAGAUUAGAUCUUAUUAUUUUAAAUGCUGGUGUUAUGAUGCCACCACCAGGUUCAAAAACUAAACAAGGUUAUGAAUUACAAUUAGGUACAAAUGUAUUAGGUCAUUUUUUAUUACAAAGAUUAUUAGAUCCAAUAUUUAUAAAAACUUCAUUUAAUAAUCCACCAGGUGUAUCAAGAAUUGUUUGGGUUGCUUCAACUGCUCAUCAAUUGGCUCCAUUAGGUGGUAUAUUUUGGGAAGAUAAAAAUUUUGAUAAAGUUCCAUAUAAUUCAAAUACUAAAAUGCAAUUAUAUGGUCAAAGUAAAGCUGCUGAUAUUUUAUUAGCAAAAGCAUGGCCAAGAUUUAAUCCAGAUGCUAAAAAUGUUAUAAGUACUUCACUUUGUCCAGGUUAUUUACAAACUGAAUUAACAAGACAUUCAAGUGCUUUUGAACUUUUCCUUGGUAAAUUAUUAACUUGGCCAAGAAGAAAUGGUGCUUAUACUGAAUUAUAUGCUGCUUUUUCUCCUAAUAUUAAAAAUGGUGAUUAUAGUAUAUCAUUUGGUGAACCAUCUCAUGUAAGAAAAGAUUUAAAUUCAAUUGAAGCUGGUGAUAAAUUAUGGGAUUGGUGUGUUAAAGAAACAAAUCCAUAUGUUUAA